AUUUGGCAGCGUUGCUAUUCUUGUCGCCUGCAUGACUCUGGUGUAACUUUGUAUUGUCGGGUUGCCCAGCAUGACGUCGACUACAGAUGAUCAAUCCCGGCCAUCGUCCGCCCACAUUCACCGGAAGCCGCUUGGCCACCGCACGACGAGCAGCACGACAAACCCGUUAGACAGACCACACCCAUCGCCCCCUCCCGAGUCGAUCCAGUCCUCUGCCGCCUUUGCCGACUUUGAUCUCGGUUUUUCGCCGACAUCGGUUGCCGACUUGACUCUCUGCAACCCGCGAUUUGUGCCAGAAACACCUCCCCAACCAGCACGAUUGCCGCCGCCGCCGGAAUCGUCACUCGACUCUGUAUCUCCUACCACCCAAAUCCCAACAAAAGUUUUUGAGGCGACAAUAGCUUCGGCCGCCGAACCGGCACCGCCUGUCCCACCGCCCAAAGCGCCUGCUAAAAUCGUGCCGUCCGCAAUGUCGCCGCCGUCCCCGCCGCCGCCAGACGUCUCUCGCACCGUCCCUCAUACCACUAUCGAGAACCAGAACCAGACCCGCCUACGGAAACCUCAUAGCCAAUCCCCGCCGAUGAUGCCUCUUCCUCCUCUUCCUCCUCCUCCCCCUCCUCCGCUAUCACAUCCGCCCCGUCGAGAUUCACUGGUAGGCUUCGACGAAGCCCAGUUUCGUGGAAGGCCAGGCGACCCUCAUAUGGCUCGACCGCGGAGCAGCUCCUAUCACCACCAAGUGCGCAAGCCGAGCUUGCCCGUGCCGGGCGUUCCGUACCGAACCACCUCUCCUGGUCCUGAGACGAGAGGAAGAAGCACAUCGGUUCAGCGUGCAGCCCCUCCUAAUCCUAACACCGGAUCCGGAGUUGUCUCGACGUCUAGCAUGGUCAACAACAGCCAGAGCCCGACCAGGGAUGAUAAGCGAGGAGGGAAGCUUCGCAGAAGCUUGCUUCCUGGUGGACGCUCACGGUCCGGUUCGCAGGACAUGGGGACGCCAAGUCGUGCGUCUGCCUGGAUGCUGGGACAGGAUGCCGUGGGGGAGUAUAAGACGUCGUUUCUGCUGUGCGGUGAAAAGGUCCCUGAACUAUGGAACGAGUCGGGUACCGUAUACGUCUACUUGUUCCCACGGAACAGCGGUUGUGGGCCGUCCUUUAAAGUCCCGACAUAUGCUAUCAGCGCUUCGCAAGUGUUUAACGACCUAAUACAGGCUGAGAUGGGCCCCGAAACCGAUCCCGCGACAACUCAAUCCAAGGGCUUCAUCGGACGUGAUAGCUUUGCUGCCGACGACGCACGGGGCAGGGCCUUCUCGCGUCCGAAUUCUCCUCCACUGGAGGGACAGAAUAACCCGCACGAAGUCAGAUUGUAUCUGCCUGGCGCCGCAUCCCCACCGCAGAAGGGUCACCCUACACCGGGACAGCCACAACCUCAACGCGCCGACUUUGACCGACUCAUUGCUCUUCGAAACCUGUUCGCCUUCUUGACUGGCCAGCCAUUGGUAGCUACUAGGGCCCAUCCGACCGCUUUCGCCGCGUUCCUGGAGAUCUCCGCCCUCCUGCACGAGUUCCUCUUCACGGAUCUUGGAGGUUCCGGCUUUGGGGAAUCUGUCGAUAUGAGCUUCGGCUUCUUUUGUGACCAGUUGAGUCUUGCGGAUGUGAGGCACAGCCGCGAAAAGACGAUAGAGUCGCUUAUUCUCGCAGAGCGAAUGCAUGCUAUGGACCUGUACAACGAAGCUUUCUCACAUGCGGUCGGGAAGUACACAGCCAUCAUUGACCUCAAGUCCGGUUUGUUUGACCAGGUCUCAUCGCACACGCGGCAAAAGCUCGAGCGAGCUCAUCUUGACUUGGUCAACCGGCAAGAUAAUGUGAACCUCCGACUCGAGCAAUUUGAGUUUCCGUCGCUCUUCUCGGGCAUCGCUGCUUCUAACUCGAUAGCCGAGGUGAAGAGCGUUCGCUUCGGCAAGUGGCGCGCCGCCUUCAACAAGAUGCGUCAGUUUGUCCUGGGCUACUACAAGUCCACUUUCGGCAACUGGCCCCCUAAGGCAAGCAGCAAGAAGAAUCGUUUCACCGAGAGCGGACUCAACCGACUGGUGCUCAAGGCUCUCUACUCCGACAUGUGCGCCUUAUAUGAUCUCCUCGUGGAUCGCGAGUCUCUGACCCCCCGGAUGAUCAACGGAGGGACCGGGGAGUCGUCCGAAGACAGUGCGAUGAUGUCUGCGCUCAGGAAGGUUCUCACCGAGUAUGACACUUCUACGCCUCCGGUGCUCCCGCCGAUCCCCUUCGACGUCCCCCAGAUACCCUCGAUGCGGGCUGUGCUUGAAACAUACGACAAAUUGUCGGCCAAGGAACAGACCAAGUUCGACAAGCGCAUCAAGGAACACGAGCUUAUGCUCAUUCUCCACAAGGCUUAUAACUACGACACAAACACCCUCAAGGUUCCUUUCCUGUCGGAGUUCAAGGCCUUCGAGCACUCAGAGGCCCGGGGGAAGACCGCUGCCGACCUAGCCGACCAUCGCGUAGGAUAUUGGUUGUUUCUCUAUGUGGUGAUCCAAUCACUUCCUAUGCUGGUCAUCGAUGCGCCGGGAUUACAGUACACCGAAGGUGUGGAGUACUUUCUGUGCGAACCGCCGAUGGGCAAUCCGCCCUGGCUCGACGACGCUCGACAGGUGCGCAAAAUGUGGUACGAAGUGUCCGGGGGUGCUGGCUACGUCGAGCUCUCCGCCGACACGGUCAUGUUUAGCGUGGAAGCCAUCUAUCACCGCAGCCAUUGCUGGCAAGCGGCAAAGAGGUGGGAGACUGGCGAAGAGGGAGACAUGACACACCCGUCGGAGCCCAUCAUGUCGCCUCUGGCACCACCACCCAUAUUCACGGAGCAGGACGGUCCCGUUCUGAACCCGUCACCCUACACGGGCCCGUCGAACCCGUCUCCCCCCCCGGGCGGGUCUCCCAAGUACGUCGGCCGACCUCGCAACGCCUCUCCCUCGGGUCGAAGCUUGGCCGCCCGGAGCUCAACGUAUCGCUCGAGCAUCGCCAUCGGCCUCGAGCCAGUACCUCUACCCAUGCCGGCUAACGGCAUGCCUGGCGACCGGGGAUCUCGAGUAGUGAGUAGCCGCGGCAGUAGUAUCUCCGACAGUCGCUCUUUGGGUAUCAAUGGCGCAGGCCUGCGGGGCAGCGCGUCGGCUAGCAAUCUGCGAGCCCAGGCGCAGGACCCUCCAGCCUCGCACCCGACUAUGACUUUUGAUGACAUUCUCGGCCAAUCCGCGCCCAAGAACACGAAUAAGAAGAAGAAGGGGAAAUUCUUCUAGCGAAGUAAGAGAGCAAUCCGGAGAGCGAUGGGCGUGUAUGCAUGAAUGAAGGAAGAUGAAAGGGCGGUAAAUGUGUGAGUAUUUUAGUCCUCAGCUUCUGCAGGGAUCUUCUCCCGCCCGCUGAGGUUUUGUCUUUCUUCUUUUCUUUUCUUUUCUCUUCUUUUCUCUUCUCUCCAUCUUUCUUCACUUGGAUCUCUAUUCAUCUUGACUAUAUUGGGGUCA